GCGAAAAUUGUUGGAAUUAUUAUUGAUUCAGUUCGUUCACUUCUCUCAAGUUCAGUGUAGUACUUACUUGGGGAGGUGCUUAAGAACCUGCUUUUCUAGGCCACUCGGUAUUUAUUAAUGACUAAACGCGGUUUUUCGAAGAAUAGGGCAGGAAGUGAAACCUGAAUCACCAGUGGUUCCGUAGUUAACAUUGUUGAUCUGUGUACCAAUGGAGCGCUUUUAAAUUUUCGAUAUUUUUUUACAUGGAUUUCAAUUUUAAGAAUGUUAGUUUCCCUGUUCCUCCUACCUGUAUGCAGUUUUCUUCCCUUAAUAAAAGGACAUGGAAGACUUAUAGACCCUCCAAGUAGGGCCUCAGCUUGGAGAUAUGGCUUUAACACACCACAUAACUACAACGACCACGAACUGUAUUGUGGAGGUUUCACAAGACAAUGGGUAAACAACGGGGGUAAAUGUGGAGUUUGUGGUGAUGCCUGGGACACCAAGACACCAAGGCCACACGAGUUCGGUGGUACAUACGGGCAAGGGGUCAUAGUGAGGAAAUAUGGGGUAGGUGCAAUAAUAAACAUCAGAGUGGAAUUGACAGCUAGCCACAAUGGAUUUUUCGAGUUCUCAAUCUGUCCUGACUAUAAAAAUACCAGUCAGGAGUGCCUGGAUAAGAACGUGUUGAAGCUGCUCAAGCCACAGGAUGGAGUGGACCAUCUGAACUCGAGAUAUUACCCUAGGGAGGGAAAUAAGGUGUAUGAGAUGAAAUAUAAACUGCCAAAGAAGAAGUGCGACCAUUGUGUGCUGCAGUGGAGGUAUAUUGCAGGAAACAACUGGGGGAACUGUCCUAAUGGUACUGGAGCAGUGGGUUGUGGACCUCAAGAGGAGUUUAGAGCCUGUGCGGACAUCACAAUUUCAGGAAAAGCUGAUCCAAUGCUUCCAGAUCAACCAACGACUACUGUCACCUUCAGACCAACCCCUACAACUACACCGACAGUGCUACCACCACAAGAAGAGACCUACAGUCCAAUAUCUGCUCUCAUUAUAACCCUGAUAUCUUUUUUAAUAGUCUGUCUGAUAUUUUUCCUGCUCUACUUUCACUUCUACCAGGUUGGUAAGCAGUUCAAGACGUGGCUUAAAGGAAGUCCAAAGAAGAAUGGUAACGUGAGUCAGAACAUGACCCUGCCUCCCUUACCACCACUACCACCACCAAGGGGUAGGAAACCCAGGGAAACUACAGAGGAGAGAAGAAUGAAACACGUGGAGAAUGUUUAAUUUUGUAAAGUGAAUUUUUCGGUGGACUUAACUAAUUUAGAAAAUUCUUUCUUGACUGAUGAGGAUGAACAAAGACACUGAUUGAGUGCUUGGAAUAUUCUUAUUAUGAGUUAGCAGAUUUAGGUUUAUUUAUGAAAAUUGCGAUUCUAGGAGACUGUGACAAUGAUGUAAUGUUUACGUAAUGUUGUAUUUAGUGGAUAAUUUGAAUAGUAAAUUAUUGGAAUUAU